UACAAUACGGAGUAGCCCGUAUGGUUAUUUAUUCGCCCUCGUUUAUCGUCUAUAGGGUAACCAACAGUCAAGAGUGAAUUAAACUAAGGGUUAGCCUCUUGCAGAAAAUCGGAAUUUACAUUUACGCCUUUUAGGCUUUAGCACUUUGGUGAAAUGAAGCUAAAAUUUGGUACCUUCCUUAUUUACUCUUUGGGAAUCAUCCUUAUUGGCAUCGCUUUAAUUAAAUCAUAUUCAUACUUCAACAAGACCCCCGGAAUGAUAAAGGCAUUGCCUGGAUUAGAAAACAACAACGGAAAACGGCUAACCAACCAAUCGUGUCCUGAUAUACAUGUGAUAUGUACUAUGCCUUUACUCACCAAGCAAGCCCUCAAUACAACAAGGUACAACUUCUCCACGGUUGAGAAAAUACAAGAACGAAUGUCAGAGUUUAUGGCAGGAUUACAGAGGACUCUCAACCAUAAGUGUGUCUAUCGUGUUCAUUUGCUAUACAAUCAAUCUGCAUUAGUUGAUUAUGUUAAAGCGAACCUCAAAAAAAGUGUUAAAAAAUUAGUGUUCAAUUACGUUCCAGAUCCACGACUGCAUACCGCAUACUUCGAUUUUGCCUUUGAUAAUCUACAAGACAAAAUUGUCAUGUAUACACCCAUCGAUGUCUAUCCAGGAGACGGGUUUGAGUUAAUUAAUAAGGAUGUUAUGGUGGAAAAUAAGUUAAUGUACGUCUUAACCAGACAUGGCAAGCAGGAGAAAAAAUGUGACAUGCAAAAAGAGGCGUCAUCUAAUAGCUGUGAUGAUGGUCGAUAUAUGGGAUCUCACGAUUCCUACAUUUUUGUACCAAUUGGGAAAUUUCCAGCUGAUGUUAAAAAAGAACUGACUGUUACGUCCAUAGAUUAUGGUGUAGAAAAUAUGUCAAUUUGGGCCUUCAGGAAUUUAGGACAUUAUAAAGUGACAAACCCUUGUAAAGUUCUUAAAGUGUAUCAUUUACAUUGUACGGGACUACGUGAUGGAAGGCGAAAACGUAUUAAUACUGGAAACAACACUGGAAUGGCUCGUCCUACAGAUCAGUUGAAUUAAAACACUGGUUUAGCUACUCCCACAGACCGACUAGAUUAAAAUGUGUAUGACAUAGCAUGGGAGAUAACUAUGAUCGAAUAAAGUGCUUUUGGAAAACUUGAGAUACAAAAACUGGACGUAGAGACCUUUAAACAUACAAUCUUCCGCCCUAAUUUUAACCUAACCAUCCUCUUAUCUCUUUUAUCCUCACGCCUCAAAAUCAUGAAUAUUCACCAAAACCUGACAGAAAAUGUAUAUUCAAACCUUU